AUGCAGGUGAUCGUCCUAGGACCGCAAUGCCUGCCCACCUCGACACUGUGUCGGACGGUGAUCGAAAGGUCAGGAGCUUCGGCGCUUCUGUCGACGUUCCUUGACCUCGUCUCGACGGCGCUGCUGGAAGAUGUCGACAGCCUAGAGCACGCCGACCUUGAUUGCUGCCCUCCUCGGUCCGCUUUUCGGUCUUUUGCUGCCAUGGCACGGUACCACGAAGAGACGCUGUACACCAACGCGGCUUUCAACGGUGCCAUUGUGGCCGCCGGCAACGUUGGUCUCAUCCUCGAAGCACUCGACCGCGACGAAAGCCCGCUCUGCGUGGAAGACGAGCAAGUCUACGCCGGGUACUGCACUGGCGUGCUGGCCGCCCUCGCGCUGGCGGGCUCUGGACUCGAGCAGCCGAUGGAGAUUGUCCAGAGCGGUGUCGAGGCCGUGAGGCUGGCGUUCUUUGUCGGCCUUCGCGGACAGCAGGCCGCCAGCCCAUUCCUCGAUCCCCUCGCUUCGCCCUCGCAGCACUGCUGGAGUAUCGGCGUGAGCGGAGCUGACCUCGAGGCGGUUCAGGGCUGGACAGACACCUUUAACCAGCUUCACGGCCUCGACGCCAUGUCGAAGCUCGACGUCAGCGCGGUGACGGGCGCCAGCAACGUGACGGUUUCCGGCCCUCCCGAGUACUUGGAUGAGUUUGUCAAGCACUGCCAGGGCCAAGCGUCACCGCAGGACAGCCUCUCAUUCACGCCCUUCCACAUCUACUCGAGCUACCACUCCGCCGCGCGUGGGCUUCAAAUAAAGAUCGCCGUCAAGGGGGACAUGCAAAGUCGGCAGAUACGCUUCGAUCUGCUGGAAGCGCCGCAGUACCCGGUGCUCUCGAGCAAGGACGGUGCGCCCAUCGCGGCGUGCGAAGUCAAGGGGUCAAUCCUCGAUCAGGCGCUUGACAUCAUGUUGAUCGACGUCUGCAGGUGGGACCUGGUGUCCAAGGCCGCCAUCGCGCACGCCGUGGGAGGCAGCGACGACGACGCGGUCGCCGUGGUCGGCGCUGCUUUCUCCACCGCCCUGGCACGAGACAUCUGGAGCCAGGCGCGGAAGGCCGCUCAAAGACGAGACCUUGCCCUGAUCGACCUUGCCAGCCCCCACGCUAUCGGCAACAAUCCGAGUCGCACGAUCUCGCCCCAGGACGGCGAAGAGAUCGUUGUGGUCUCCAUGGCCUGCCGCUUUCCGGGCGGCGUUGACUCGCCGGAAAAAUACUGGGACUUGCUCAGCACCGGUCGUAGCGCCAUCGGCCAGAUCCCCAGGUUCCGCUUCGACAUCGACCAGUACUUUGGCACGGGCAGCAACCAGACCCAGGUCCGCCACAUGGGCGCCAUCCAGGAUCCAGAGCUGUUCGACUGUCGGCUCUUCAACAUCAGCCCCAAGGAGGCGGAGCAGAAGGACCCCGGUCACCGCAUGAUGGCGAUGGCAUGCUACGAGGCCUUGGAGCAAGCCGGAUACGUUCCAAACGUCUGCCCUACCUUCGACACCAAGCGCAUCGGCUGCUUCCUCGGCGCCUCUUCGGACGACUACCGAGAGAAUGCCAGCUCCAACAUCGGCUCUUACUUUAUCACGGGCAACAUCCGGGCGUUCGUGCCCGGUGCCAUCAGCUACAACAAUACGUGGGAGGGCCCCUCAAACUCGAUCGACACCGGCGACUCUUCGUCGAGCGUCGCCAUCGAGCACGCUGUCAACGCCCUGCGCGCUCACCAGUGCGACAGCGCCUUGGCGGGAGGGGUAACGUUCAUCACACAGCCGCAGAUGUUCAUUGGGAUGGACAAGGACGGGCUCCUGUCACACGGGGCUCAAAACCGCACCUUCUGUUCCGGAAACGACGGCGCGGUCCGUGGCGACGGCGUCGGCGUCCUGCUGCUCAAGCGCCUCUCGGACGCAGUGGCGGAGGGCGACAACAUCCUCGCCACGAUCGCCGAGGUGGGGACCUCGUUUUCGGCGUCGUUGACCGACGAAGCCGCGCUCGGCGAACUCUUCCAGCAGACCUGCAGGAAAGCGGGUGUCCGCUCCGACGACGUCGUCCACGUCGAGGCUAGCGGGCACCACACUGUCGGCGGCGAACGAGCCGAGCUGGAAGCCAUUGUGGCCAGCUUCGGGUGCGGGAACACCAUCUCUGUUGGCUCGGUCCGCCCCAACGUCGGCGCUUGCGAGGCCGCCUCCGGCGUCGCCUCGGUCAUCAAGUCGAUCCUCAUGCUGCAACAUGGCCAGGUGCCGCCGACAAUUACCGCGACUCCGACGGAGCUGAUGCCUGAAGUCACACAGUGGAUCGAGCGAGGCAGUCUGCACAUCUCUGACCGUGGGACAGAGCUUCCGGCUCUCAGUACAGAGGCCAAUGCCGCCAUCCUCGUUAGCAACCGCUCGCUUCAGAGGCAGAACACUGCGAUCCUCGUCAAGCGGGCGCCGUCGAUCCCUCUGCCCGCGGCUGACUUUGCCGAUGAGCGCGUGUCCUUCCCAUUCGUGCUCACCGGCAAGACGGCCAGGGGCCUGGAGCAGACCAGGGAACGAUUUAUCGACUGGCUGGCGCAUCAAGGCAGCGAAGUCUCACUUUCCGACCUCAGCAUGACUAUGACCGUCCGAAGGAUCGCCCACCCCUUCCGCAUCUGCUUUUCUGCGUCCAGCGUGGAAGAAGUCGUUGCCAAGCUCAGGGCGGCCCAGGUCUUUGAGCAGGUCAAGGCGACGCCGGCUCUAGAGUUUGCCUUUGACGCGAUCGCUCCGUCUCCCGGCUUCGAGCAGCUGAUAGAGGCGUGGCCGACGCUCGGCAGCGCCAUGUCCGAUAUCGCUGCAGUCCAAAAGGCGCUCGGCAUAUCCGCCGCAGACGGUCUCGAUGCGUUCAUCGCACAGGUCGCCAUCGCCGCAGAAAUGACACGAUGCGGCCUGGUGCCAACGCUUCUGGCCGCCAGUGGCACGGGCAUCAUGGCUGCCCUGGUGAUAUCGGGAUCUUUGGGCCUGACACAGGCUCUGGUGGUCCUCGCCUCCAAGAAGCGGGGCAAUAUCGCGCCACCGCCAUCCCGCGGAGUUAUAGGCGUGCCGAUCCACUUGUCGGGCACCGUUACACUGCCCGCCGAUGCUGAGCUAUCCUGUGUUUGGGACAAGGUCAUAGACGAGCUCGUCAAGCCAGCGCCGAGCUCGACAGGCGCUCGCAUGGAGAAUGCCGAGUGGGUUCAGAUAUCAACUUUUACUCAACUUGAGGCCGAUCGCACUUGGAAGACCCUAUACGACGAUCUGCUCGACCUCUACCGACGAGGGGCCCCCCUUUCCUUCAUCAAGCUGCACUCGGACUGGAUCGACCAGAGCAAGCUGGUUCGCACGCCUCCGUACGCCUUCGACUCGAGUCCUUACUGGAUCGCUUACCAGGACCGCAACCUCAUCCAGACCGCUGUGGUGCUGAAGGUAGAGGACGGCGAGACUGCCGAAGAUGAUGAGGAAGAGGACGAGGUCCAGUCCGUCGCCGAUGGCCCCAAGGCUCCCCGGCUCCCCCUGCUGGCUUCGUGCACCAGCUUCGUCUUUGACCAGGAGCACGCUUCCGUCGAAGUGGCCUACGAAACGCCGAUCGACUCGGCUCCGGCCACAGCCCUUGUACGCGGUCACCUCGUCCACGGCCGUGGCCUUGUACCGGCAACAAUGUGGGCGGAGAUGGCGCUCGAGGUCGGGCACGAUCUCGACUGGCGCACGGGCGACGCUUUGUCUGACAACCAUGCAUACGAUGUUCGCAACCUCACCAUCUUCAACUCGCUAUCGAUCAUCAACGACGAUCCCGAGACCUACCGCGAACUCAGCAUCGUCGUCGAGGCCAAGGGAUGCUUGCACCGGCCAGAGGGUCUGUCGAUCACGUUCAAGUCGCGACAAGGCAACGGCAAGCUGACCGACCACCUGGGCUGCUCGCUGCACCGCGCUUCCGAGUCGGAUUGGCGCAACAGCUGGAAGAAGGUCGAGUACCUCGUGCAGGAUCGUAUCGACUCGAUCAAGGACGCCUCGAGCGCGCUGGGGACGCGAACGGCGUACCGCGUGUUCGAGGUGGUCGUCAGCUACUCGAAGGCGUACCAGGGCAUGAGGACGGUGCAUCUCAAGCACGACACCUUUGAGGCGACGACGCUGGCCUUCCAAGAUUCGACCGCGCCCAGAGAUGGCUUCAUCGUCAACCCCUGCCUCAUGGACUCGCUCGGCCAGAUCACCGGCUUCAUCAGCAACGUCGCCGCCGAGCAGAAGGGAAGCGUCUUUAUCGCCAACUCGAUCGAGUCGAUGCGCUUCACGGCAAAGUUCCGCCAGGCGGCCGUCACACCCGGCUACACCUUUCGCACCUACUGCAAGAUGAGCCCGGUCGACGACUUCAUGGCGGGCAACAUGCUGGUGCUCGACUCAGGCGCCACCGAGAUCCUCGCCUGCAUGAACGGCGUCAGGUUCCGCCGCGUGCCGCUCCGGGUGCUGCAGAUCAUGCUACCGCACGCCUCCAAGGCCAAGGCUGCCACCCCAGCGCCGGCGCAGUCGCCAAGAGCGAAUGUACUCGCCCCGACGCCCGUCAGCCCGACGGACAUCUCCUUUAAUUGCAAGGCGGCAGCGCAGGGCCUGCAGCGGCCUCAGCCGCGGCCGCAGCAGAUUGCCGUCGGCCCCGAUCCGGUGGCUGCGACGUCGAGACUCUGGUCGUCGAUCCUCGAUACGAUCGCCGGCGAACUCGGCGUGGGCUUGGCCGAGCUCGAGAGCGACACCAGCCUCGCCGACAUGGGCCUCGACUCGUUGAUGUCGAUGGUCAUCAUCGGCAGUCUGCGGAACGUGCUGCCCACCGAGAUCGACCUGCCGAACACCCUCUUCCUGGACCACGACACGCCUGCCCAACUCGAGGGCUGGCUGCAUUCGGUGGCACCGUCAACGCCGACCUCUACCGCGCACGGCGGGAUCUCUCGCGCCUCGGUCGCAUCGAUCUCGUCGUCGCUCACCAAUUCGAGCACGACCUCGCUGGUGAAAUUCUCCAACGCCUCGGACAGCGAGAUGAGCUGCGCCACGUCGGUCAGCGGUGAUUGCGCGUCCGAUCAGGCCGACAUGACCCUCAAGCCUGACGCAGCAUCGACCGGGGUCACGAGCGGCGGAGGCCGAGCCAGGCAGGCCCUUGAAGACACGAUCGAGGUGCUGUCGUGCGAGCUGGGGGUCGACCGCGCCGAGCUGUCGAUGGAUGUCGAGCUCUCAUCGCUCGGCCUCGACUCGCUCAUGUCGCUCGUCGUCAUUGGCACGCUGCAGGAGCGCCUUCCCUUCAAAAUUCCAUCCAACGCGUUCCUCGAAAACGACUCGCUCAGGGAGCUGUCUGGUCUCUAUAGCAAGCUCGAGGAGGAGGACUUCGGGCCGACAAUGGCAGCCGCAUCCGAGACAGCCCCAUAUAGCGAGGCGCCGCAGCCGGCGCCCGCACCGAUUGCCAACCCGGUGGCGGUCAAGAAACCGACAUUGCUGCAGCCGGGUCCCGACGACAUCGGAGCUAUGUUCCUUGCACCCGACGGAUCCGGCAGCGCGGCAGUGUACACGACGCUGCCGAUGCUCGGUCGCAAGGUGUGGGGCCUCAACAGCCCGUUCUACAGGAAUUCUCUCGCCUGGACCGGCGGUAUGGACCAGCUGGCCAGAUACUACCUCGACAGCAUCAAGCUCGUGCAGCCCAAGGGCCCCUACAUCCUCGGUGGCUGGUCUUUCGGCGGCAUCAUCAGCUACGAGAUGAGCCGGCUGCUGAGCGUGUCGGCCGACCCCAACGACCGCGUCACGCACCUCAUCAUGUUCGACAGCCCCAGCCCGACGCGCUACCCGCCGCUGCCCAUCUCCGUAACCGACUGGCUCUUCAAGUCGGACGUCUUCAAGGGCAUCACGCCGCCGCAGCUGUCCCCAGAUAUGGUCGAGCACUUCCGGCAGACCGUCGACGGUCUCGCCGAAUACAAGCCCGCACGGUACGCGGCCGCAGAGGGCGGCAAGCCGCCACCUAAGGCCGUCAUCAUCUCGGCCAUCCAGGGCCUUGGCAAGGUCGAGGGCGUCAAGGAGCAUUGCACCACCGUCGACUGGCUCCUCGAGUCUCGCGCCUCGCUUGGCACCGGCGGCUGGGAAGAGCUGAUCCCCGACAUCCGCGCCGUCACCAUCGAGGCGAACCACUUCGACAUGAUGCAAAGGCCCAAGGCCGUCCUGCUCGGCGGGGCCAUCGUCGACGCCUGUCGUGUCUAG